GUAAUUCAUCAUGGCACCCGACGAAGUCACCAAAAAGAAGCGAAAAUCGGUGAAAUUCGCCGAAGAAGAGCCACCAAAAGUGAAAGAAGCACCUAAAAAACAGAAAGCCGGCAAGAAAAUCGAGGUUUCCGUGGAGUUGCGCGACAAAAAUGAGGAGAAAAUGGGCAGAAAGAGAAAACACCGAAUGAAGAAGAGUCAGGCAGAAAAACGCCAGAAGCUUAUGGAAAGCCUAGUUGGUCCUCAAGUCGAUGAGAUGGAUUUCGAGCCGGAGCACAAGACAUUCGCGGAUUUUGGUCUGGAUGAGCGUAUUCUGAAGAGCAUCGGAGAACUCGGCUGGGAAAAGGCAAAUCAAGUCCAAGAGUCUGUGAUCUCUCUGGCACUGGAAAACAAGAAUAUUAUGGGAAGAGCUCGUACUGGAUCCGGAAAAACCGGCGCUUUUCUGAUUCCUCUUGUGCAGAAGCUGAUCGCCGAAUCCAAGACGAAUGAUGGAUCAGUUGGACCAUCUGCUGUGAUCAUUGCACCCACAAAAGAGCUCAUCACACAGAUUUAUAAGCUUUUCGUGAAGCUUUCGCAGGCCUUGCCGUUUUUGCAGGCUAUCAAUCUGUGUGAUAUCAAUGAAGAGGAGAACUCGGUUUGGCUGGAGGACAGAAGCCACGUGGUUGUCACAACACCCGGAAAAUUGCUCAGAAUGUGCUCUUUGAGACCAGAAUAUUGCACAUUGGUCAGCUAUUUGGUGAUGGACGAGGCGGAUUUGUUGCUCUCCUUUGGUUAUGAGGAGGAAAUGAUCAAAAUCCGUUCAAAACUCCCUCCAACCUACCAAUGCCUAAUGACAUCCGCCACACUGAAAGACGACAUGACAACACUCAAAAAGCUAUUCAUGACAGGACCAGUCAUCACGAUUAAGCUCACAGAAGGAGAUCUACCGAAUUCUGAUCAACUGACCCAGUAUCAGUUGACUUGUGGCUCCGAUGAAGAGAGAUUCGCGAUUCUUGUGGCAAUGUUCAAGCUGAAACUGAUCGUCGGAAGAUCCAUUCUUUUUGUGAAUACUAUCGAUAGAUGCUACAAGCUUAUGCUAAUUUUGAGAGUUUUUGGACUCAAAAGUUGCAUUUUAAAUAGUGCAAUGCCUGCCAAUUCACGUUGCCACGUCAUUAAUCAGUUUAAUGAGGGUUCCUAUCAAAUUGUGAUCGCCAGUGAUGUUUCGGAUGCGGAUGGCUCGAAAUUAAAGGAGGAAAUCGCCGGAAAAUCCGACGAAAAACCGGAAAAAGACGAGAAAAAGGGAAAAAAAGCGUCGAAAUUGGAUAAAGAAAGCGGAGUUUCGAGGGGAAUCGAUUUUCAUCACGUUUCGAAUGUUGUUAAUUUCGAUUUUCCCGAAACUACAGAUGCUUAUAUUCAUCGUGUUGGAAGAACCGCCCGUGGUUUCAACAAAGGAACCGCCCUUUCCUUCUGUAUUCCAUCGGAACGUGCACAUUUGGAGCAAAUUCAGGAGGAAAUUAAUCAGCAAAUGGGUCGAAAAGUGCUUCAACCAUACGAAUUCCGUAUUAAAGAGCUCGACACUUUCCUCCUGAGAACCCGUGAAGCUUUGAGUAAAUGCACAAAAGGAGUUAUCAAGAAGGCUCGGCUGAAGGAGAUUCGUCAGGAGCUCAUGCGCUCGGCCAACCUCCAAACGUUUUUCGCGAAAAACGAACGUGAGAAGCUUCUGAUGCAGACGGAUUGUCACCCUGUCAUGCUGAAAAUCAACUCUCCCGCAAUCGCCGAUGUCACAUCCUACAUGGUACCAGAAGCCCUUCGUGGAAUGGAUUUCUCGGCUCCCGGAGCCAAAAAUCGCCGCUACAAUAUGGGACAGAAGCAUCGGCAGAAGCUGAAACACAAAUUCCAGAAAAAGGGAAAGGAUCCGUUGAAGACUUUUAAGAUUUGAAUUGUUUUUCGUUUUGUUUUGUUGAGUUUAUCGUUUUGUUAACAUUGUUUUUUUUACGAAUUUUCGAGAUGAAGAAUUUGAUUCCUGUUGAUACACCCUC